UAGACGACCAUGCCAAUUACAUGAGAUCAGACCACGAUGAAGGAAUAUUAGAUUGAGGUUUUAACAUCUAAUGGCGGACGAUCGAUUCCGUGUUCGAGUUGAGGAUGUUGAAUCUAACUCAGAUGAUUCAUCUAAUGAUGGGGACCAGCCGUAUGAUGUGAACAAGGAAACUGAUUUGGGUGAGCCAGAAGAUCAGGCGCAAGAUGUAUUGGAGAGAAUGAUAGAUGACUUUGAAAUUGCAGCUGAGCAAGCGCCUCCAAUCGAUAAUGACAUGAUGGAGCCGUUUCGUGAGGAUCAAAGUGGAGGGGGGGUGCAGGCACCAGUGAAGAAAAAGCAGAGGGGGCCGACGACAGCUUUCAAGAAACCUGUCGGUCCUAUGGUCUUGGAGUAUGACAGGGUAGGGCAACCCUCAGGUAAAUGGCGUCGUCAGUAUGCUGGUCAAGUUGGGAUUUGUGCGCGCAAAAUCCCCAUUACGCUUCGUAUGAGCGACGUACCUACAGGCUUGAUUGACACGUUUUGGAAUGAUACCAGGGUAAGUUUGAUUUGAUGUGAUUAUUUAUAAACAAUUU